AAUAUCUAUUUAAAAUGACGCGUUUAAAGAGGACUGCUUAUGGGUUUUGGCAAAUUAAAAUAAAGCAGAGUGGGAAAAAAGAAAAGUGCUGACCACAUGAUGACUUAAGGAGGAGGAUCGAUCUUCACCGACCCAUGAAUGGAAAUUUCUCCUUUUUUGUAUUCUAUAUUUCUUACAUACAAAUGCAUACGAGAGUGACACCAAUUCUUCGAUAAUCUCAACUUCCUUCAUUCACUCACUGUCAUCAUCGUCACUUGUUUUGUCCACCCCCCCCCCCCCCCCCCCGGUCCGCCUUCAAAAAGCCUCCUCGAAUGGAAAGUAGUAGCAGCAGCAUUCAAUUCCAUACAUUCUCUUUUUCUUCUUCCUUUAUUUACAUAUUUCUACUUCUUUCUUUCUCUUUCCAUGGAGGCUGAUGCUCUCUCAAUUACAACUAUGCAAGACAGUUUUAAGGGGUUACUCAAGUUACUUGGUUCUGUCAAGAAUUACGAUUGGGGUUGUCCCGCUAAACAAUCUUGUGUUGCACGUCUCUAUAGCCUUAAUUCUGGUGGAAAUAUUGAUGAGAAUCAGCCGUAUGCUGAGUUUUGGAUGGGGACCCACGAGUCUGGACCGUCGUACGUGGUGGAAGGAGGAGGAAGAACUGAGAAUGGUUAUGCUGAUGGCGAGGGAGUUAGAGACAGGUGUACUUUGAAGGAGUGGAUUGAAAAGAACCCUAGUGUUCUUGGUGAAACUGUUCUUACCAAGUGGGGUACCCAACUCCCCUUUCUCUUUAAGGUACUCUCUGUUGAGAAAGCUUUGUCUAUACAAGCUCAUCCGGACAAGGAUCUUGCAAUUCUUCUGCAUAAGGAGCAGCCACUAGUAUACAAGGAUGAUAACCACAAACCUGAGAUGGCUUUGGCUUUGACCAAAUUUGAGGCCUUGUGUGGCUUCACAAGUCUUGAGGAGCUUAAAGUGAUUGUUCAGACUGUACCUGAGAUUGUUGAAGUGGUUGGUAGUGCGCUUGCAGAGCGAGUAUGGUACUUGAACGAUGAUGAUGGAGAGGAGAAAGUUAAAUUAGUGCUCAGAAAACUAUUUACGGAGAUGAUGUCAGCUAGCAAGGAUGUGAUCAAGGAAGUUCUUGCUAAGCUGAUUAGUCGUCUGAACAUAAAAAACAAGGUAAGGGAGCUGACUGACAAGGAACAGCUGAUCCUAGGACUUGAGAAGCAGUAUCCCGCUGAUGUUGGUGUUUUAGCCGCAUUCUUGUUUAAUUACGUGAAGCUUAAUCCUGGUGAAGCUUUAUAUUUGGGGGCAAAUGAACCCCAUGCAUAUGUAUAUGGCGAGUGUAUCGAAUGUAUGGCAACCUCAGACAAUGUGGUACGCGCUGGCCUUACUCCCAAGCACCGGGAUGUUAGGACACUGUGUUCAAUGCUCACUUAUAAACAGGGUAACCCUGAAAUUCUGUACGGUACGACAAUAAAUCCGUACACAACGAGAUACCUUCCUCCUUUUGAUGAAUUUGAGGUGGAUCGUUGCAUUCUCCCCCCGCAUUCAACUGUUGCCUUUCCUUCUGCUCCCGGUCCUUCCAUAUUUGUGGUCAUGGGAGGAGAGGGAACAAUGACCACAUCAGCAGAAGUGAUUGUUGCGGAAGGCGAUGUUCUAUUUGCGCCUGCAAAUACCAAUAUUACCAUCGCAACUUCCUCUGGUUUACACUUGUAUAGAGCAGGAGUAAACAGCAGAUUUUUUGAGGAAUGAUAGUUGUAAGCUUGUAGCCCCUUAUGCUUACUAAUAAAACAGUGAAUUUGUGUUCCAGGGGCUGUUCCAUCUCGUAUUAUUAGCAUGCUUCUAUUAGUGUAGUUUUGUAAGUAAUAAACAUCAUUGGAAGAGUGGAAAUUUUGUUGUACUU